GGGAGCGGGCGGAGGAGGAAGUGUCAUGGCGUCGGGCCGUGGAGCUUCUUCUCGCUGGUUCUUUACUCGGGAGCAGCUGGAGAACACGCCGAGCCGUCGCUGCGGAGUGGAGGCGGAUAAAGAGCUCUCGUACCGCCAGCAGGCGGCCAACCUCAUCCAGGAAAUGGGACAGCGUCUCAAUGUCUCUCAGCUUACAAUAAACACUGCGAUUGUUUAUAUGCACAGGUUUUACAUGCACCAUUCUUUCACCAAAUUCAGUAGAUAUGGUGAAGGGGGUGGUCUCAAAUUGAAUAUGAUAUCACCUACUGCAUUAUUCUUGGCUGCAAAAGUAGAAGAACAGGCUCGAAAACUUGAACAUGUUAUCAAAGUAGCACAUGCUUGUCUUCAUCCCCUAGAGCCACUGCUGGAUACUAAAUGUGAUACUUAUCUUCAACAGACUCAAGAACUGGUUUUACUUGAAACCAUAAUGCUACAAACCCUAGGUUUUGAGAUCACCAUUGAACACCCACACACAGAUGUGGUGAAAUGUACCCAGUUAGUAAGAGCAAGCAAGGAUUUGGCACAGACAUCCUAUUUCAUGGCUACCAACAGUCUGCAUCUUACAACCUUCUGUCUUCAGUAUAAACCAACAGUGAUAGCAUGUGUAUGCAUUCAUUUGGCUUGCAAAUGGUCCAAUUGGGAGAUUCCUGUGUCAACUGAUGGAAAACAUUGGUGGGAAUAUGUGGAUCCUACAGUUACUCUGGAAUUACUAGAUGAGCUAACACAUGAGUUUCUACAAAUAUUGGAGAAAACGCCUAGUAGGUUGAAGAAGAUUCGAUACUGGAGGGCUAACCAGGCAGCUGGGAAACCAAAAGUAGAUGGACAAGUAUCAGAAACGCCUCUUCUGGGUUCAUCUUUGGUGCAGAAUUCCAUGUUAGUAGAUAGUGUUACUGGUGUGCCUACCAAACCAAGUUUUCAGAAACCAUCUACAUCAGCUUUCCCUGCACCAGUACCUCUAAAUUCAGGAAAUAUUUCUGUUCAAGACAGCCAUGCAUCUGAUAAUUUGUCAAUGCUAGCAACAGGAAUGCCAAGUACCUCAUAUGGUUUGUCAUCACACCAAGAAUGGCCUCAGCAUCAAGAGUCGGCAAGGACAGAGCAGAUAUAUUCACAGAAACAGGAAACAUCUUUGUCUGGUAGCCAGUACAACAUCAACUUCAAGCAGGGACCUUCUGUAUCAUUGCAUUCAGGAUUACAUCACAGACCUGACAAAAUUUCUGAUCAUUCUUCUGUUAAGCAAGAUUAUACUCAUAAAGCAGGGAGCAGUAAACACCAUGGGCCAAUUUCUGCUACUCCUGGAGUAAUUCCUCAGAAAAUGUCUUUAGAUAAAUAUAGAGAAAAACGUAAGCUAGAAAGCCUUGAUCUGGAUGCGAGGGAUCAUUAUAUAGCUGCCCAGGUAGAACAGCAACACAAACAUGUACAGUCUCAGGCAGCCAGCAGCAGUUCUGUGACUUCUCCCAUUAAAAUGAAAAUUCCCAUUACAAAUGCUGAAAAACCUGAAAAAUACAUGGCAGAUAAGAAGGAAAAGAGUGGAUCGCUGAAAUUACGGAUUCCAAUACCACCCACUGAUAAAAGUGUCAGUAAAGAAGAACUGAAAAUGAAAAUAAAAGUUUCUUCCUCAGAGAGACACAGCUCUUCUGAUGAAGGCAGUGGGAAGAGCAAGCACUCAAGCCCACAUGUCGGCCGGGACCACAAGGAGAAGCACAAGGAGCACCCUCCCAACCGCCACCACCCGAGCAGUCACAAGCACCCCCACGCCUACAGCGGCGGCAAACACAGUGCGGACGGAGCACCACCCGCUGUCCUGAGGAGUCCUGUUGGCCCGAGCACUGAUGGCAUUUCCUCCAGUUCCAGCUCUUCAAGGAAGAAGCUGCAUAUCAAUGACGCGUCUCACAACCAUCACUCCAAAAUGAGCAAAAGUUCCAAAAGUUCAGGUAGUUCAUCUAGUUCUUCCUCCUCUGUUAAGCAGUAUGUAUCCUCUCACAACUCUGUUUUUAACCAUCCCUUACCCCCUCCUCCCCCUGUCACAUACCAGGUGGGCUACGGACAUCUCAGCACCCUCGUGAAACUGGACAAGAAGCCAGUGGAGACCAACGGUCCUGAUGUCAAUCACGAGUACAGUACAAACAGCCAGCAUAUGGACUACAAAGACACAUUCGACAUGCUGGACUCGCUGUUAAGUGCCCAAGGAAUGAACAUGUAAUCAUUUCUUUAGGUCAAUUUUUCCUUUACUUUUUUAAUUUAAAAAUUGUUAGAAUGGAAAACUUCCUCCUGAUCUAGCAGUGGUAACAUCUGCUGUUACUACCACUGCUUCAAUAUUUGUAAGUGCUGCUUUAUUCUUCAUUCUGAAAAGAAGAGAUUAUAGUAAACAAGUCUUUAUCUCCACAUAUGAUAGUGUUAUAAAUACUGUAAAAGCAUGGAAGGUGCAAAACUCAGUAUUUCUACAAUUGCAGCUAAGAACAUUAGGGUGAAUGGCUGGCUGCUUCUAGGAAUAUAAGAUGCCUCAAGCAUUCGUUUAUUUAUAAUUUGAAUAUUGUAGCUAUUUUUUGUUGUUGCUUGGCUUUUGAAUGAGUGUAAAUUGUUUUCUUUUGUGUAUUUAUACUUGUAUGUAUGAUUUGCAUGUUUCACUGAUAAAGGGAUAAAACAGUAUACUGACAACUGUUUACAAGAAAGUGGAGAAAAAUGUACAUACAUUUUUGUAUGUUUAGAUAUUACCAUAAAUACUCAGGAUUGGAGCUGCUUGUAAGUAUAACAAUAUACAGAAUAACUUUAUUUUAUCUUGUCAGAGUCCAUCACUAAUCUAAAACAAAGGUGGCACUUUCUCAUGUUAACCUUAAACUCUAGGCCUUACUGGAAGCCACUGAAGGGGGACGCUUCACUACCAGAUGGGUAUGCAGUGCCACGGAUGGUUGUUUAUUCCAUGAGGCGCUGAUUCUGCCUUCAGAGGUUCUGACCAGACUGGCUGCUGAAAGAGCCCCUGAUUUUCUGAAGGCUUGAAGAGGAAAAAAUAAAGUUUACAUACUCUUGAUGUGAAGUGCAUUUAAGUGUUUGUUGGCUUGUUGCAGUACUAUAAACACAGAGGUGUUGAUAAUGGUUGUGUAGAUUACUGUGAUUUGAAAACUAAAUUCACAAAAACUUACAUUAGUGCAGAAUUAGUAAGUUUUUUCCUUAAAUAAAGAACUUUAACACUACAUAUUUUAACCGUAAGCAGAAUCGCUUUUCCUUUGGCAUUCAGAAUGACACCAUGUUCUUAAACAUACCCCUCCCUUGAAGUGUGUUUGUGUGUGAUGCCAUAUUUCUUUUUCAGGUAAAUGCAGUCUUCCUUAUAAAAAUGAAAUUAAACCUAUUGCUCUCUCAGUUGUUUUAUAUUCUAACAAUAAAUAAACAAAAAAGGUCACUGACUGUGCAUUGUACCUGUAUUUAUAUCUUAUGGUUGUUAACAGGAAGCUCUCUGAGGGGAAGAAAAAAGGUAAGCCUCCAGAUAAAACAGCUAGUGGAGGUUUUCCCUUUGUUUGCACAUCUCAGUAUAUUCCUGUUGAGGUCAAGUUUGCACAGUCUCCUGACUUCUAAGCAAAUGAUAGACUUUAACUUGUUUAAAAUUGGUCUUAAAUGCCAGUAAUGUGGCUCUGGUUUGUCAACUAAUCUUCAAUUCUGUGGUAAAUCUUUGAGCUGUUGAGUAUCUUUGAGAUGGGUUGAAUUCAACUUCUGUUGAACUGAAAACUGUCUUAAUUUUUUCCUCUAUGUAUAUGAAUUAUUUUUGUUACAAAGCCACUGAUAUGUGCACAAUUGUAAUUUUACUCAAGUAUGUUGCAGUUGUAAAUAUUAGAGUUUAAUCUCGUGCUCUACUUUUAUUUAGCAGUUACCUGAUUUGCCGGUAGCUUUAUAAUUUUUUUUAAGAUAAUUAUUCAUUAUUUUGUCAAUGUUAUUUGAAUUUAGGAUACUAGGAGUCUCUUUCUAGGGACUUUGCCUAGUUAGCAUGUCCUAACUUUGUUCUUGUCUUGCGUAACUUUAGUAAUCUUUGUCAUUACAUGUAACUUUGUUGCUCUGUAUGGCAUAUUGUUGUAUCCAUAAACAUGGUAAUUUUGAUACAGUUAUACCUUUACAGUGGUACAUAAUCCAAGGACUAGUAUAGAAUCAAGAGGAGUGCAAGAUGAGGGAGGGAAGGGGUUUUUUUUUGUUCUUGGUAAUUUAGAUGUGAAACCUCUACGGAGCUAUCAUGUGAAAUGAUACUGGGUGGUUGUGCUACUGUAUAAUGGGGAUGAUAAUACCAGGAAUUUUAAUAAGAUUUUGUAAAGAAUAUCCAGAAAAGUAGUGAACUUAUUUUCAGUAUGAUAUAGAAAACAAUGUGAAUAUUUAAGGUCUGUGACUAUACUUAAACUUCACUAAGAAUUUGCAGAAUUGUUUUGAGAUGUGAGAAUAAAGGUAAUUUUGUUGAAUCUUUUGGUGCUAAUGAUGGACAGUUAAAAAGGUAGCUAGUGUAUAUUGUUAUGGGGAAGUACUUAUUAGUUACUUCCAAAAUUGAAUUUGAAAUGCUAUGUAUUCACUUUUCACUCUGUAAAUGUAAUUCUUUACAAUGACUUUAUUUAUUAAAGGGCAGCCAGUUGUAAUUUUUACAGGGUUGUGUGAGCUAUUCAAACUCUUUAACCUCUGAACAGGAUAUUAGCUUCUAAAACCACAGUGGGGAUAAAAUACGGAAAUUCUUUUAAGUUUCAUUUCCAUUAAAUGAGAACCCUUAUAAUUCAUUUUGCCAUGAAUUUGACCAUCUCGUUUGCAUAAAAUAGUUUAUCAGCCUGGUCCCAGUAGGCUCAACCAAAGAAAAAGACUCCAAUGAAUGGACAUUAUUACUGAGUCUUCUUGUAAGUAGCCAUAAAUAAACCAAAAUAGUAUCAAAUUUAGGUAUGAAAUUCCACAUGUGCAAAGUACUGUUAAGGUAAUACAUUUUGAUGAGAUUUUUAAAAAUAUUUGAACUAUUAAAAACCAUUAUCUUUAAACAUCCUAUAAAA